AUUUUAAGCAGGCGGAUCCCUCAGAAUCCCAGAUACCAACACAUAAAAACCCGCCUGGACACUGGAAGCAGUUUCUCAAAAUAUGCUGAGAAGUUGGAGGAGAUCAAAAGAAAUUACAGAUACAGGAAGGACGAGCUCUUCAAAAGGCUGAAGGUGACAACGUUUGCCCAGUUGGUCAUCCAGGUGGCCUCUCUAUCUGAUGAAACCUUAGAAGUGACAAAUGAGAAGCUCCACAAGCUGGAAGGUGGUGAUUCUUCUCCUCCAGGUGAUGAUUCUGCUCCUCCAGAUGCUGAACCCGGGGCAGGGAUGAAUGGGAAAGGAAACUCUGAGGAGCCAUCAAGUCCAAUCCUCUUCAUAAACAACACAGGAGAUGGGGAAUCCAGUCGGUCCACCCUGCAGAGUUUGAUAAGUGGAGUUGGUGAGCUGGACAUGGAAAAGGACACCCCCAAGAGGGUGGACCCUCGGGUUCAGGACAUGCCCUACCCUGACUGUCCCUUCCUGCUGCUGGACGUACGAGACCGAGAUGCCUACGACCAGUGUCACAUUGUUGGAGCUUAUUCCUACCCAAUUGCAACUCUGGCCAGAACCAUGAACCCCUACACAAGCAAUAUUCUGGAAUAUAAAAAUGCACAUGGGAAAAUGAUCAUCUUGUAUGACAACGACGAGAGGCUGGCAAGCCAGGCUGCAACCACCAUGUGUGAGAGGGGCUUUGAGAACUUGUUCAUGUUGUCUGGAGGCCUGAAGGUCCUUGCACAGAAGAUCCCAGAGGGUCUGAUCACUGGCUCCCUCCCCGUGUCCUGCCUGGUGCCACCACCCCCUGGAUCUGCCCACAAGAAGGUCCCUCCCAAAGUGCCACCUGCUCGUGCUGAGAACAAGUGGAGGUUUUCUGCAGAUGAUCUACAGAAGAUCAAGUAUUACCUAGAAAAGGAACACGUCCCUUCAGACCUUGCCACCCGUCUCAGCCGUGGUUCUUCAGGCCGUGACUCCAAGCUGACCACCACCAGGAGCAGCUCCAGCAACACCAGUGGCAAAGUGGGAUCCCUCCCCUCCCACCCGCUCAGAAAGAACAACCUCCAGAUCCGACCAUGGAAAUAA